AUGAUUCGGAUUGAGCAUCUCGAUGGGCUCUCAGACUGCAUCAAUCAGGCGAUACAAGAGCAUCUCGCCAGGGCAAAUAUCGACUGGCCGCGCGACCUCAGCCAUCCAAUCUUGCGGGUUGAGGCCUUCUUGGAAGAUGGCGCACAAGGAGUGCAAGGAACCCUAUCUCCUCGGUCGGCACGCAUCGCGUCGAGUAGGAUGGACUUGGCUGGUAUUGUCAGUCCCUCCCCUAGUCCGACAACAAACGCUCCGGAUCAACGAAUGGGGUCGCCAAAAGAUGGCGAGGCAACAGACGAUGAAAUAGCUUCAGGGAGUGUCAGCUCGGGGCCGGAAAGCCCACGCCGAAGAGGAACAGGAGGUCUGCGCGUUUCCCAAGUCCAAACAAUCCAAGAGGACCUUAGCGAGCACCAACGUCGAAUGGUCAGCGACAAUCGAAGCUUCCCGAAGCGGCGGAAGGUUGCGCCCGAGAAGUUUGUCUUCCAGCCUUCCACCCUCGACAAGCUGAUCAUCGGAAUCUGGGAGCAGAUCCACGGGACGCUGAACUUGGACCCCCGAGCCAUAUUUGAGCAAUUUCAGAUCCCUCCUGCCGCGAGUCUAGAUGCGCUACAACCUCGAGUCGAUGACACGGCCAUUGGGAAUAUCAGCAUAACACCGACAUUAACAAAUGAUGCAUUCAGUAGGAUGAACAUCUUCUGCCGCAAAGUCACUCAAGCAAGUCGUGUCUGCCGGUCCAUCGAGAUUAUCGUGCAAGCGCGCUGGACAGAGCUCUUCGAGGAACAGGUCCAGCUUCGCAUUGCUGCUUUGCCUCAGCUAUCUCCGACGAAGCAUCGCAAGGCUGCCUUUAUGGAGGCCUGUCAGGACUUUGGCUGGUCGGAGAAGGAACUUCGGAACAAGAUGGCGAUCUGGCGUGGCUACAAGGAGGUAAAGGAUGCAGCGGGAUGGGCUGCCUUGGUCUUUGCCGGGAUGGGGAUCUACCGUUUCUGCAAAUACCGUGUCGAGUUCAGCAAGGACGCGAUGAAGCGGCUGCAAAAUUUGCGCAAGAGAUUGGAGGUGGCCGCGGACACUCUCCACCCAAACUGGCGACAGAUCUUGUCAAUCGUUGGGGUGUCAUCCAAGCUGCAAUAUACCGGCCAUCCGCACGAUUAUGUCGUCUUCGAGGAUGGGGCGGAUCCAGUGCCCCUCCGCUCGACCUACCUGCAGCAAGAUCCCUACUUCGACUUCGAGCAGAUUGAUGAAUCCAUCGUCGACGAGAGCGUAUGGGGGUGUGAUGAUCCCCGCUGGGUCCCUCAGUCGAAUGCCGUGGUACAAGCGCACGGCACAUACAUCUGUGCCGUUUGCAGCGAGCAGCAGUCAGACGAUCCAAAGCUCAACUCCUGCUACUGCUUCCCAAGGUUGUUCGGCUGUGUCAAACGCAGUCCUCCGCCUGUCCAGGUAUAUCGGACACCCGACGGUCGCAACAAUGGAUUGCUUGCAUUGACCCCCUUCGAACGUGGAGCGGCCAUUGGCGAGUUCGUUGGAUUGAUAACAAAGGAUGUCCGACAUUUAGAUGUUAUGGACAGCUCUACCGCGACGACGAGCUAUCAGAUAUGGCAGGGAAGGCAGGGCAAUUAUACCCGCUUCAUCAACCACAGCUGUAACGCGAACGCGCAGGUCACACAAUUCACUUGGAUGGAUACCCAGCGUGUCAUCCUCGUGAGCAAAGGAAUCGAGGCAGGCGCGGAGGUUUUUGUCGAUUAUGGAGACCGGUACUGGGCAGGCUUAGACAAAACAUGCCUCUGUGGAGAGUCUUGCGUUCCGGAGGUUUCCCCAGAGUCGUCAUCAUAUUCGUCAAGCGAUACGUCCGACGCCGAACUCUCCGACUAUCAAAAUGGAUCCAGAAAACGAAGGAGGCUCUCUCCAGAAGAACAAGAGUCGGAAUCAGGAUCAGAACCGCAGGUAGCUCCACAAGUCCCAGCAACAUCUACGAUCUCAAGAAUAAAAGCGAAGAAGACCGGGCUGGUGACAAAAGGGGAUGAAAAAGUGGACUCGGUAUCCGCAGCAUUGACCGGGAAGGAAAAGACGAGUUUUGCAACGUUAAAUGUGGCACCGUGGUUAAUUGCAUCGCUGGCGGCGAUGGAAAUUAAGAGACCUACGGGUAUUCAGAAGGCGUGUAUUCCGGAGAUUUUGGCGGGCCGAGACUGUAUCGGCGGUUCCAGAACUGGUACCGGCAAGACGGUUGCUUUCGCCGUCCCAAUACUGCAGGUAAUCUGGUCGCAGGACCCGUGUGGUAUUUUUGCGGUGGUCAUGACUCCUACAAGAGAGCUAGCCAUCCAAAUCUACGAGCAAAUCAAAGCUAUUGGCGCACGACAGUCCGUAAAACCUAUCCUAAUCACUGGCGGAGCAGACCAGCGGGAGCAAGCACUCCAGCUAGCUUCGCGGCCACAUGUAGUGAUAUCGACCCCAGGACGCCUCGCAGAGCAUAUCAAAACCUCCGGAGAAGACACAAUAAGCGGACUCCGCCGGGUUCGCUUUGUUGUCUUUGACGAAGCAGAUCGACUACUCGCGCCUGGUAAAGGAAGUAUGCUACCAGAUCUAGAGACUUGCUUGUCCGUGCUGCCCCCUCCUGAGCGAAGACAGACUUUGUUGUUCACCGCUACCGUUACACCAGAAGUCAUGGCGUUGAAGGAGAAGCCAAGACCAACGGGACGCCCUCCAAUAUUCGUUUGCGAAGUCGAUACGGAGACCUUAGCUAUUCCGCCGAAACUCCAGCAAAAGUUUAUUUUGACUCCGGUGACGCACAAGGAAUGUUAUUUGCAUGUCUUGCUUGGGACUCCAGAAAAUGUGAAGAAGUCGGUGAUGAUUUUCUGCAAUCGCACUCAAACCGCUACCCUCCUCGAAUACAUGUUGCGCUCACUCGAGCACCGGGUAACGGCUCUACACUCGGGGCUGAAGCAAUCUGAACGUGUCGCCAACCUGGCUCGCUUCCGCGCACAAGCUGCGAGAAUCCUAGUCGCGUCUGAUGUUGCAGCCCGUGGUUUAGACAUCCCCGAGGUAGCAUUGGUCAUUAACUACGACGUCCCUCGCGAUCCGGAUGACUACAUCCACAGGGUCGGUCGAACAGCUCGUGCCGGACGAGUAGGUCACAGCGUUACGUUGGUCGGACAGAGAGACGUCGACCUCGUACACGCCAUUGAGGAGAGAGUGGGACGCAAGAUGGAAGAGUAUGAAGAAGACGGCGUCAGUAUCGAGGGUAGAGUGGUGAGGGAUGCACUCAAGCCGGUUACGGAGAAGAAGAGGGAGGCUAUGCUGCAGAUUGAGGAAGGGAGGGAUGUAUUGGGGAAGAGGAAGACGGGCAUGCAAAAGAAGAAGGUGUGA